GAGAGAGUGCUGGCAUUCGGCGCUGGUCUCCACGGCGAUGGCUGUUUCCUUGAGGACACGGUGCUCGGUGCUUUUGUUCUUGUCUGUCCUCCACCUGCCGCCGUCCUUCUGCCUUCCAGACCUGCAGAGCCCUGACAGGGCCACCAAAAAUCAGAACCAUGAUUCCAUCUGGUCUGUUGCAGAUCAUCUGCAGAAUCCUGAAACAACUCAGAGAAAACUUCUUCAAAUAUCAGGAGCAUUACUUCCUUUCCCACCACUAAAGGUCCUUUCUCACGGGGAGCCUUGCAUCCUGCUGCAGGCCAGAACUCUCUCUCUCCGCUACGAGAGGCAGAAACAGCUGGACCUGACAGAGCGAGCCUUUUCUCCGCUCCGAUCUGUUGAUACCAGUCAGUCUGUGUGCCGCCAUGACAAAGCUACACUCGUCAUGAGAUUUGGAGAUGUGGAGAACUUGAGAGGCUUAUCCAUCAGGAUACAGCUGAGCAACUCCUUGUAUGAAUCCUCUGGUCAGUGGUGGUUCUCUGUGGACAGCAUCUCUUUGCUCUACAACACUUCAGAGGAAGCUGUCUUCAAUGUCACUGAGAUGUUCGCCCCGUCCUCGGCUUCCUACCACUGCACCCAUGUCAGCAGCCUGGAGCGCCACAAGGCUCUGCUGCUGCCUGGCACUGGCCUCGCUCGCCGCUGGACGCUGACUUUCACUGACUUCCAGAUUCAGGCCUUCAACAUCACUUCAGGUCGAUUCUCUUCACCCAGCGACUGCAGCACUUUCUUAACUCCUGCCAUCUUAAUGGGCCUCGUCACGUCUCUGAUCCUGUUACUAGUCCUAGCCUACGCCCUGCACCUCCUCGUCCAUCUGAAACACAUUGAGCACGAGGACCAGCGCAAGGCAGACAUCUACUUCUCCCAACACCUGGACGAGUCAGAACAGGGCAGCGUGGAAAACAUAGACGAGAGGAACGAUCUAUAACAGAAAAACAGUGCGGUUCACUUCUUUUAAGUUUGAACUCAGGAUUUUAUUUUUUAAGUGUAAUGCUGUUGUUUAUUGUUUAUGUAUUGCCACUAUUUGUUGUUUUAAUAAAAAAAAGUA